AUGGACUUCGACGACCACGACGAUGGCGACGAGGAGGAGAUGGCGCCGAUGCCGGUGAGCUCCAGCUACGAGGCCCCGCCUCUGGCAGUGGCAGGUGGGUUUGGUGGCGGCGUGGCGGCGCCCAAGCCGCCCGGCGAGCCCGGCGGCGGCCGCGCCAAGGCCCCGAGCGGCGGCCUUGGCCUCCACGGCGGCGCCGGCGGGAGGUACCGCGAGUGCCUCAAGAACCACGCCGUCGGCAUCGGGGGCCACGCCGUGGACGGGUGCGGCGAGUUCAUGCCCGCCGGCGAGGAAGGCACGCUGGACGCACUCCGCUGCGCCGCGUGCAACUGCCACCGCAACUUCCACCGCAAGGAGUCCCCCGCCACCGAGGGCUCCCCCGCUGCGCUGGUCGCCUACGGCGCCACGCCGCAGCACCACCACUUCUCCCCGUACUACCGCACCCCGGCCGGGGCCGGGUACUUCCACCACCACCACCAGCCGCUCCACCACAUGGCGCACACGCCGCGGCCGCUGGCGCUGCCGUCCACGUCCCCCCACAGCUGGCGCGACGACGGCGACGACCUGUCCCUGUCCGGGAUGGCCGCCGGGCCCAUGUCGGCGGUGGGGCCGCUGACGCUGAGCGGCAUGUCCCUCGGCGGCGGCGGGGGUGCCGGGCCCUCUGGCGGCUCGGGCGGGUCCGGGUCCGGCAAGAAGCGGUUCCGCACAAAGUUCACCCAGGAGCAGAAGGACAAGAUGCUGGCGUUCGCGGAGCGCGUCGGGUGGCGCAUCCAGAAGCACGACGAGGCCGCCGUGCAGCAGUUCUGCGACGAGGUCUGCGUCAAGCGCCACGUGCUCAAGGUGUGGAUGCACAACAACAAGCACACCCUCGGCAAGAAGCCGUAG